CUGAAUGAUCUGUCUAUAGUUUCUGUUUCAAACAACCAACACGUUGCCGGUUGCUGUUUUCGAUAUGAAACUGUCAGUUCUUACUUGGAUUUCGCUGGCCCUGCUAAUGAGCAUGGCUGCAGCUCAAGGGCCUGCCGAGGCGGCACAGGCGGGCAUCGGUGCGGCAGCUGGAGCUGGCGCACAGAUCGGAGCCCAAGCCGGCGGUGGGGCAGAGGCAGCCGAAGGCAUGGGCGUGGGCAUGGACGCGGGUGUCGGAGGUGGAGCCGGAGCCGGUGCCGGAGCAAAGGGAGGAGCCGGAGUUGGCGGUGGCGGCGGUGCCAAAGGCCGACGCUAGAGGCGGCGGCACUUCCGUUUGAAAUACCAUUUGGCUGUUGCUGUUUGUUUAGGGCACGCACUUGUGCGUCGCACUUGCCCCGUAACACUCUUGACUCCCUGUGGCACUCACACUUACACUCGCACACUCACAGUUGGUGGCACUCGUAACCCCCUUUUCACACUCUCGUACAGACACAAUCGGAGUGGCGCCAGUUUUUACGAAGGAAAGAUUGGUGAGAUUGGAGGCGCUCAGUGUCAUAAUUGAUUUGAAAUUGCGUGGAGUCGCGUCGCCCCACUGCCUCAUGCCCGCCCUCCACCCCCCCCCAAAAUGCUGGAACGUACACCUCACGAUUCCACGAAUCGGCGCACUUCAAAUGCCGCACUUUUGGCAGCUUAAAUUCCAUUUAAUGCCAUUUUUAUGAAAUACACCUUCAAAAUGUAUCUAUCUGA